AUGUCACUGGGCGACCAUCCUUCUAACGAAGCGUCGGAGAGAUUUCUGCCGACUACGAUUUGCUAUGCAGAAGAAAUAUCUGCCAUGGCAAGGGGAUCAAGCAAUGGAAAUCUGAAUACAGAAGUAUACAUGUCCCACAUCCACCCCAAGCUCUUCCUGGACAUCUCGCAAGCGAAUGGAGAGCUCCACGCCAAAAACACUUUCUCCGUCAAUGAGAUUUCUAAAGAACUUGCACUUGGUAUGUUGCAUACAUUCAACAAGGCCAUCGCGGCUGUGGUUUCUUCUCCGUUUCAAUCCCUAGGAAUGUUAGACUUGUGUUCCGAACAUGACCGCCAGUUGCUGCAAAAGUAUACCGAGAGCGUAUCUGAAUCAUAUGAAGUGCUGCUGCACGCUUUAGCGUUGCAGCAUGCACACCUAACUCCAGAUGCGCCGGCCAUCCAUUCCUGGGAUGAUAACCUGACCUAUGCACAGGGGGAUGAUGCGACAUCCCGACUUGGACAGUCCUGGCCAGGAUGGGCAGCUGGCGCUGCAUAUAUCUCUGUCGACGCGACUGAUCCGCCGAUGUACCUGGAGAAUGUGAUUCGCCGCGUGAAUGCAAGAAUCAUCCUCACCUCCGAGGCCUAUCGUUCCAGAUACGCUUCUUUUGUCCCGUCCGUCAUUGCCGUGACACCAGACAUGGUACGUGCUCUUCCGGUCAGCACGGGGAUCAUUUGCCCCUGGGUCAAACCCAGUGAUGUCUGUCUCGUCCUGUUCACUUCGGGGAGCACUGGAGAGCCAAAAGGGAUUAUUCAAGAGCAUCGAGCGUAUGCUACAGCCGUCCGAGAUUACAACAAAUUGCUCGGCUUAGGCCGCCACAGCCGCGUGCUGCAAUUUGAUGACUACGCGUUCGAUAUUAGCAAUAAUGACUAUUUGACCACCGUCGCUGCGGGUGGAUGCUGCUGUGUUCACACCCCGACCAAGUCGGUCCCGACUCUUGUGGAGAACAUCAACACCCUUCAAGUCGACACGACCUUUCUGACCCCGACUAUCGCCGCUCAAAUAUCCCCGCAGGAUGUGCCGACGUUGGAGUUGCUCUGCCUUGGUGGGGAGCCGGUGCCAAACGAGCUCCUGAUCAGAUUGGUCGCCGCAUGUGAGACUGGUGAAUCAGUAUGGGAUGGGGGAGGCGGCCACCUUAAUGCGAUCGUCGGACGGGCUGGGAGCGGAGCCAUUUGGAUCACAAGUCCGGAAUCCCCAGAGUUCCUGAUGCCGGUCGGAGCUGUCGGUGAGAUUCUCAUUGAAGGCCCGCACCUGGCCCGGGGAUAUCUGGACAGUGUCUGCCAGAAGCCGGGCGUUGGAUUCCUACCGAAUGCGCCCACCUGGCUCAAAGAUCUCCACCCCUCCGGAGACCUGGGGAGAUACACACAUGCCGGGACUGUGGAACAUCUGGGCCGCAAAGACACCCUCCUCAAGAUAAACGGAUAUCGAGUCGAAGCCACCGAGGUCGAGCACAUCCUCCGACAAGUCGUUAACCCCCAGGGACGUAGUCAUCCGAGGACCAUUUCCACGCCGCUGCCUCUGACAACUCUGUGGCAGUUUCUCCCCGUCACCAGCCAGCAUUCGGCCCAUCAAGUGGUGCAAAGAAUGAAGGCGGAAGUCAUGGCUACGCUCCCUGUUCACAAGAUACCGGAAUACUUUAUUCUCCUCAGUCAGAUCCCCAGGACCAGGUCAAAUGAGGCUGAUCGCCGCAAAUUGCACCAUCUUGCGCAGGAAUCGUACGUGUCGGGGGCUUUAAGUAAGAUUUGCAACAAAUAG